AUGACGGGCGCGAUCGCGCGCGGUGACGAUGGGACGUAUUACGUCACCCACGUCGACGCGGGCGGCGGGCGAGCGGUGACGGAGACGUGGCGCGUCGGGCACCGUUACGAGUUGACGCGGUUGUUGGGCGUCGGGAGCUUUGGCGCGGUGUGCGAAGCGCGAGACGCGACGCACGGCGGCGUCAGGGCGGCGGUGAAACGCAUUUCAAACGUGCUGCACUCGGAACGAGACGCGAGGAAGGUGCUGCGGGAAAUCGUCGCGCUGCGCAGGACGAAUCAUCCCAACGUGUGCACGCUGCGACGAGCGUUUUACGAGGAAAGCGACGAGGGGGCGAAGAAGUUGGACGCGACGACGAUGAAGCUCAAGGCGGUGUCUAUAGAUUUGAGCGCGAAGGAGGUCGUGGGAUUGAUGCAGCAAGCGUGCGAGGCGACGCGAUACUUGCACUCGGUUGGAAUUUGGCAUAGAGAUAUCAAGAGCGCGAACACGCUGUUGGGAAAACAUCGACACGGGGGGCGAGUGAUCAAGCUCGCUUUGAGCGCACGCGUAGACGACGGGGCGCUCACUAAGUUCGUGAUGACGCCGUGUUAUCGCGCGCCUGAGGUCAUCAUGGGAGGUAUAGCUUACACUGGUGCGGUCGACGUGUGGGCGUUGGGAUGCAUUUUCGCCGAGCUGUUGCAGAGGCAACCGCUGUUUUCUGCCGAGCAGAGAAGGUCGCAGCUCGACACUCUGUUCAACGUCAUCGGCACUCCGGGUUGGGCGGAAAUAGAGCGCAUCAAGCCGUCACAUUGGCGCGAGUAUCUGCGAUCGCUCCCGGGACGAGCUGGCUCGUUAGACACUCUUUUUCAUCACGGCGUCGACGCCGACGCGCGUGACUUACUUCGUCGCAUGCUUCAGUUCGAUCCAUCGAUGCGGGCAUCGUGCGAGGAGAUCCUCGCCCAUCGCUACUUCGCG